AUGAAAUAUGCAUCAAUUAUUGGUUGCGCACUUCUCCUAUUACCAUUAUUUACCGGUAGUGUUUGUGGUAUUAAUAUUUCAUCGAUGCUAAAAUCACCAACCAAAAAUAUUCCUAAUGGAAUUUUUAGCAGUUUAUUAACAAUGCUUUUUCUAAUAACAAUAUUAGCAUGUUCAUUAGCAUUUGGUAUAGAGCGACAUUUAUUGCUUGAUAAAUAUGGUCGCGGUACUUAUCCCAGUUUUCCAAUUAUCUUUACGAUUUCUUAUCCAUUAGUACUUAUUACCGGUUUAAUGCUUAUGUCAAUUGCUUCAGCAAUUCAGAGUAUGUACACAGCUAAAAGUUUAUUGCUAAGUAUUAUCACCAGUCAUACAAUUCCGGUACCACGAUUUUUCUAUCAACGAGCUAGCAAACGGCGCAAAUUUAUUGCUAUUGCAAUAACCGCCCUUCUUAUAAUACCAUAUUUGCUUGUUAAUAGUAUGGAUUAUAUAUCAAUUAUUGCAAAUCGUAGUGCUCUUUGUUUAUCACUUAUACGUGAUACAGGUGAUCAAGAAAAUAUCGGCUCUGAAGAUGUACGUACAGCACGACAAUACAUGGAAUAUAUUGAUCUAUCCGGUUAUGCGACACAAUUUAAGUAUCAAAAAAUCAGUUCUUUGCAUUCGAUUGCAUCUGCCUUAGCAAGUUGCUGUGGUUUGGGAGUUUUUCAGUCAAAUACAGUUAUAAUCGAAUAUCCAUCGGAAGCAGCUUUAAGCGGUUUACCUGACUCAUUACUUUAUCAUUAUCAUAUGCAUCGUGUUUGUGUUCAACAUUGUAAUUUAGUCGUUGUUAAGGGUACUUUUCCGCUAAAAAUACCGCCUGUGAAAUCAAACAAAACGAUUGAUAUUUGGUGGAUUAUUGAUAAUGGUGAUGUGCUUUUAAUGGUUGCAAAAAUGUUGAAAAAGCAUAAAAUUUGGUAUAAAGCGAAGUUACGUCUGUUUGUGGUAGUGGAUAUGGAAGAUGAUAUCAAGCAAAUUGAAAACGCUCUUCUUUUGUGGCUGAUCGACAAUCAUUAUUUGAUAUACAAAAUUGAAUUUAUACAAGCUGAUGUCAACUUUUCCCUUUCAAAAAUCGAACUAUUUCAUUCAUCCAUACACUUCUGA